AUGGCCGGCACUGAGUUCCCUGCGGAGGGUAAAUCCAGCUGUCUCCCCGCGUUGACCUCGUGCUUCAAGCCUAAAAGAACGUUGAGCUCUGUAACGACAUCUGAAUUAAACACGAGACCAGCAACUAUAAAAGUAGAUAAGGAAACAGCGACGUCAGCUGGCCGCUCGCUGUCCAAGGAUCCGGUCGCAAGCGCCGUAACAAAACCUUCAUCACAAUCCACAACGUCGACUCAUUCCGCCCGUAAGGAAUCGCUCUCACAGGGAAGAGGGCUAGACAAAUCCGACAGUCUUGUUGAAAGCCCAUCGUCAGGAGACCCCAUUCUCUCUAAACACGAACCUACCUCAAGUCGCGCUAUCGAUCUAUGGCUGGCCGCCUUUGAGAAGACGGACGAAGAGACAAAAAAAUGGAUUGGAGACUUUGGCGACCGUAAAAGUAACAUCCAAGUCCAAGAGCUGACGAGGAUCGUAAGGGAAAAGGAAGAGGCAUACAAAGACAACGGAUCAAGUAUGAAGGUCAAUGGGCAAAAGCUCCUGUGGAGAGAUUACGCAAGCCGAGUAGUAACAUGGGUGACGGCGAUUGGGGAUAUUUCCGUUCAAUUCGCUCCUGCACCGGCCUCACCUAUCUGGUCGGCUUUGAAAGUGCUCUUAAAGGCCCAUGUGACUCAGUUAGACCAAGUCGUGGCUGUGUUUGGAUGCGCAGACAAAGUGCUCCAGCUUGUUAGACGCGGCCAGGUGUAUGAGAUUGUUUACGACCUUCCCACUGCGACAGAGAAUUCGAAAGUCGCCCUGAGAAACUCGUUGAUUGAACUUUACAAAGCCUUGCUGGAAUUCUUGGCUUCGGCAGUCAAACAACUCAAUGGGGGCUGGGCUAAGCAAUUCGUUCGCGCGCUUGCUAACCCCGGUGAAGCUGAAUCGAUGACAUCGCAGCUUUCGAGGCUGGAGAGAGCCGUUUCCGAGGAUUCUCGAAUUUGCGAAAUUCAGUGGGCUCAGGCUGCGGAUGAAAAGCAGCGUGAACUUUUGCAAACUCUCCAUGCCCCUCUGAGGCGGAUUGACGACAACGUGGCAAAGUUCUUUGAGAGUUUCGAUGAAAGCAAAAGGAGGAACGCGAUGAACCAUAUCAGUCGAAUUGAAGUUGAUAUAAUACAUCUUGCGAAGAAAGAAUCAAGGACAGAGGGGACAUGUGAGUGGUUAAUUCAGCACCCACGAUUUAUUCAAUGGGAAGAGUCAAGUUGUUCCUCUCUCUUAUGGCUGAAUGGCCAGAUGGGAUUUGGAAAGUCAUACCUUACUUCGAAAGUCAUCGACCGGUACCGUUAUCAAUCGGGCAUCGCCCCAUCAACGGCAGCCACGAACGACGAGGGUUUUGCACAUUUCUACUGCGACCGCUCAAACAUUGACCGAAGAAAUGCCAAGUCUGUUCUCAGCAGCUACAUCGUCCAGCUUCUCGCUGUGUCGCGCCAUCAACAUAAGUGGCACGGACUGCUCCGCCCUUUUUGCGACGACUCAGAUGCUGCCAGGCGAGGCCUCGAACUUACUGACUGCAAACGGAUUGUAACCCAGCUAAUUGAAACAUAUCCCCGGUCUAUUUUGGUUCUGGAUGCUCUAGAUGAGUGCGAGGAAGAAUCUAGGCAGGAUCUUAUUGACUUUUUCCGCGGUCUAGUCGAUGAGGCGACCAAGCCCGUGAAGAUCUUUGUCUCUAGCCGCCCGGAAACCGACAUUGCGAAGUCAAUGGGGCGGUCGAAUAUCAUUGAAAUUAGUACUCUCGAUAACAAGGGUGAUAUUGAGCGGUACAUCCAUACUGUCCUCAGAAAACACAGACCCGGGUCAGUGUGGGAGGAAAAUCGGAUCCAAGAUAAUGUGAAAGAAGCACUGCUAAGCAAAAGCGACGGCAUGUUCAAAUGGGUGGAGCUCCAGUGGGAACAACUAAAAGGGCUGAAUACCGAGAAGUCAAUUAUGAGGCGGCUCGGAGCGCUACCUCGCAAUCUAAUGGACGCGUACGGAGAGAUCUACUCCCAACAAGAAGACCACGAUCUGGUUGUGUUGCAACGAGCCGUGAUGUGGGCCAAAUCCUCCCUUAAACCGUUGACAACAAAGAUGCUUCUUGAGGCUAUUCGGCUCUCUUUUUCAAAAGAUAACUCUGCAUUCAAGCUUGAGAUCGACCAGGAGAGCUUACAAGAGUCGAACUUGGAAUUCAUCUGUCGUCAUUUGAUUGUCAAGGACCCUCUUCAAAAGACGUGGAAAUUCCCACAUGCUUCCGUUGCAGAAUUCUUCGAGUUAGAGCAACACAGCGGCUGGAUCGGUAAAUCAGAGCAAGAUGUAGUAACCUUGCAGCUUCUCUCCUUAUUAGAUUGCUACACGAACUGGGAGUUGCCCAAGUACGUUAUGCCUGGGCUCUCAUCUACGCUUUACAUGCAGCCUAGGGUCGAUAUGAACGAGCGCAAGAGUGCAGAUUGUCUCCGCCCGGGGGGCCCUUUUAUGCAUUAUGCCAGCACAUACUGCAUCCAACACAUUCAAAUGAUAUAUUGGAACGACCCCAAGACGAAGGAAAUGUCUGAUAUCCUCGAGUACUUUUUGGGGGCGAUCGAUCCUCAACGCCAGUCAAGUUUUCAGUACCAAGCAUGGAUCAAGCAUAUCACGGUCCAAAUUGAGGAGAUGUACGAUGACAAUUUCCAGACGCUGAUUGAAAAUCUCCCGCCCUUGCAAAACCCUAUUUUCGCGCUUUGCACCUUUGGCUCACUUGACCUGGUACAAAAGUGGCACGGCAUGGGCCUCGACAUCACCCAGGUGAACUCCAAAGGGUACGACUUGCUCUCCAUCGCAGCCAGAAACGGCCACGACCAGCUUUGUGUCUAUCUCAUCAGCCAGGGAAGCGACGUCAACAGGUCAUGCAACGGUGAGACAGCGUUGCACGUAGCUAUCCAAGACAAACGCGUCACGACAGCGAAGAUGCUGCUCGACAACAAUGCAGACCCGAACAUGCAACGGAACGAACGCUACUCGAGAAGGAAGACGACGUCGCUUUGCGACGCUCUCGCCUUUUGUUCCAUACUAGCCCCGACACUGUUGGAAAAUGGCGCGGACCCAAACCUCCGAUGUCAAGAAUGCGACUUUCAAUUUCCUUUGACAGCUGCGUUUGGGACCGACGACGAUCUAACAAUGAGAAUCCUCCUCGAGCACGGAGCUGAUACGGAAAUCAUCGAGGAUGAACACGGAACUGCGGUAGGCAUCGCGGCGUUCUACGGAGCGGUGAAGUGUCUCAAGAUUCUCGUGGAGGAGCUCGGGGCGGACGUGAAUGCGCCGACGGGGGGGGAUUACGGCAGCGCGCUCGUUGCUGCCCUCUUCGGACAAGGGGGGAUCGAAACUGUUCGAUAUUUGGUUGAAACUUGCAAGGCGGAUCCGUCGUCGAUCAAGUCAUGGUCGAAUCCCACCUGCAUUACCAUUUGGGACGUCCCGAAAAGGCUCGAAAAGGCAAUGUACUUGUUGGAUGCGGGCCACGUGCAGAACGAAGACCUGAUGAAAAUCGAGUAUCUGCGAGACUGGGAUUUGGAUUCGGUGGAUAUGCCAUACUGA